AUGUACCAGUAUCCCAAGCCUGCACAGACGGCCACGUCCACCCCAAGCACAGCUCGAUUGAGCUCCCAAGUGGGCUACCGUGGCCGAUGCAAGUACAAGUCUGGGCGGUGCCCGAACGAGCGCACCCUCAAGUACAACGGUGAGGAAAUCCACUCGCUGUGCGAAGAACACCGCGUCCGACACAACCGAAAUCAGCGCAAAGCAGACACGAAACGGCGCAAAGGCGGCUGUGCCGAAGAUGUGGGCGGCAUGUCUCCUCGAACGGCGUCGUCGCCGAUGGCAUCUGCGCUGCAUGUGGCCUGCCGAUCGUCGGACUCUGAAUGCGCAAUCCUCGAGCCGUCGUUCGCACUCCACGACCACUCGGCGUUUGCACAUGCGACCGCGUCGCCCGUGGACGACAACUACUUGGCUCCUUUGGAAGAUAUGGACCUGUACUUUCAGGAAGACUACCCGACGUGGUCGAACGAAGAUGUGGCGAUCCUCAUGGAAUUCUUCGUCGACUCCAAAUGUUAA